AUGGGGCAGAAGUUGAGCGAUGAAAAUAACAUGGACAUCGAUGUCGCUGAGCUGCAGGAUUGGUACAAAAAGUUUGUGGUGGAAUGUCCCAGCGGAACACUCUUCAUGCACGAAUUCAAACAUUUCUUCGGAGUUACCGAGAACCAAGAAGCGGCCAGUUAUAUCGAAAACAUGUUCCGGGCAUUUGACAAGAAUGGGGAUAACACCAUUGACUUCUUGGAAUAUGUGGCGGCAUUGAACCUGGUUUUAAGAGGCAAACUGGAGCACAAAUUGAAAUGGACGUUCAAAGUUUACGAUAAAGACGGGAACGGAUGUAUCGAUAAAACCGAACUGCUUGAGAUUGUGGAGUCUAUCUACAGGUUAAAGAAGGCUUGCCAUGCUAACCUGGAAGAUGAUUCUCCACUGCUGACCCCAGAAGAGGUUGUGGACAGAAUAUUCCAGUUGGUUGAUGAAAAUGGCGAUGGCCACCUAUCCCUGGAUGAAUUUAUUGAUGGAGCUCGCAGGGACAAGUGGGUGAUGAAGAUGCUUCAGAUGGAUGUGAAUCCGGGUGGCUGGAUUAAUGAGCAGAGGCGCAAAAGUGCUUUGUUUUAA